CGGAAUCGUGCGGCAGUGCCCGGCAACCCACCACAACAUCACAGCCGCCGCAACGUGCUCUACCGCACCCCUGUUCUGUUCUCCUUGCUUCUCUAGUUAUUCGACAGCGUGCGGUGGGCUAUCGUUGCGUGGGCACCAUGAAGCAACUUUCAAUCCCGCUUUUUCUUUCGUUUGUAUUGCUGUCCACUGAGCUGGGGGCCGCCAUUCAUCUCGACGUUCAAAGCCGCUCACUUCGGCAUUUGAACAAAAGAGGGACCCUUACCGGCUCUUCAAGUCUGACCGACUCGAGCAAUAUAGGUUACUACGUGAACCUCACUCUGGGCGGUGCCGAGUUCAAGGUCCAGAUAGACACCGGCAGCUCGGAUCUGUAUGUUGCUGGCACCGUCCCAGAUAGCAAUGACACGGGAAAGACGAGCGGGGUCACAUAUGCAGUGGGUGCGGUCGAAGGCCCUAUCAAAACAGCCAAAAUGGACUUUCUCGGGUACACAGUCGAUGAUCAAGCGUUCCUCAACAUCGAGGCCAAUUCGGAUAACGAGACGGCCGGUACAGGCCUGAUCGGUCUUGGGCCACAUACUGGCUCGCAGAUUCAGUCCACGCUGGGAAACGGUACGGGCGACCCGCCCUUAGACCGCAUCUUCCAGCAAAACACAUCCACGCCAAACUAUAUCACCGUGUUACUGGGGCGUGCGAAUGACAAGUUUGACGAGGCGCCGGGCAACCUGACCGUCGGCGAGGUACUUCCAGGCUACGACAACAUCACAUCGCAGCCGAGGCUGAAAGUGAGCGUACUGCAGAGCUCCGAGUCUGGGGGUCAGCAUUGGCAGACGCUGUUGGAUGCGGACGGUGUCAUAGGCCCUGACGGGAAUGUUGUGGACGUCACGACAGUUGUGUCGUCGACGUCGAAUGACAAGCAGCUCACUGUCGUAUUUGACACUGGCUACUCAUUACCGCAAGUGCCUAGCGCGGUAGCCAGGGCGUUCUACGAAAAUGUACCUGAUGCAAAGCUGGUUGACGUGCCAGAUCUCGAUGGCGAGAUCUGGCAGGUGCCUUGCGACUACGAAAUCAACGUCACCUUCAAGUUUGGAGGCAUCAGCUUUCCCAUCAAUCCUUUGGACACCUCGAUGGACCUCAACGGUACGGACGGUACAGGAGACAAGACAUGCUAUGGAUCAUUCCAGCCGAUGCAAGCCGCGCAGAGUGAUCUGUACGAUAUCAUCUUCGGCAUGGCAUUUUUGCGCAACGUUUACGUGCUGAUCGAUUUUGGUGACUUUGUCGACAACACCACCUCCCGCGCAGACCCGUACAUCCAGCUGCUCUCCCUCUCCAACGACUCCGCGCAAUUACACGCGGACUUCGUCGCCAUCCGUGGGGACGCGAACUGGAACCCCUCGAGCAGCGUCUCAAGCUGGGUGAAGCACCAUGUCGCGCUUGCGAUCGGACUCGGCGUCGCGGCCGGGAUCCUCGUGCUCGGUGGCGCGCUGUUCGCAUUCCAGUCGUACCGCCGCCGCAGGCUCGCGCGCACGCCCGCAGGCUUCAUGAACUUCCAGAGCUCGUACAAGCCGCUGACCGACCCCGCCCCUCAGGAGGCGCACGACCUCCACCUCAUGGGCGGGUCGCACCAGCAGCAGUCGUAUGCGAAUCCUUGGGAUGCCCGAUAUUAAUGUAGACAGACAUCUCUCUGACAUGGAAGGACAUUUACUUCGGUUGUAUAGGACUUUGCUGCUCUACUGCUUUGUAUCUCACUUGCUGUAUAGUGCUAACGUGCAUUGCAUUGGAUCGCAUCUCGGUGUUGUCUCGCUAUCGAUUCUCUACAGAGUAAGGCGCAUUAAUUGAUUUUACGCUUACAAUCAAUGCCUUCGGUCUUCUAUGGACAGACUAAAUCAUUUUUUUCGAACUUCCGGAUAUUCCGGAUAUCCUGAAUUCCGAG